AUGAGGGAACCAUCGUCGGUGGGAUUCGAAGGCAACGGCAUCGUUUCUCCGCCGCCGCAGGCUCUCCUAGAGAGACUCAAAGACUACGGUCAAGAAGACGCUUUCGCCCUGUGGUACGAGCUCUCCCCCGACGAGCGCGACCUUCUCGUCAAGGACAUUGAGAGUUUAGAUCUUUCUCGAAUUGACCGGAUUAUUCGAUGCUCGCUGCGAUCUCAAGGGCUGCCGGCGGCGGCCAUUGAGCCUGUGCCGGAGAGCAGUGUGUCCACGGUGGAUGAGAGAAGCCAGGAGGAUCGUGAGAGAUGGUGGAAAAUGGGGUUGAAGGCUAUUUCAGAUGGCAAAUUAGCUGUGUUGCUUUUAUCUGGUGGCCAGGGGACUCGACUUGGAAGUUCAGAUCCAAAAGGAUGUUUCAAUGUUGGACUUCCAUCUGGAAAAUCACUUUUUCAACUUCAAGCUGAGAGGAUUCUUUGUGUCCAACGACUAGCUGCUCAAGCUACAAAUGAGAAUUCUGCUUCUUCAGUGCAAAUACACUGGUACAUAAUGACUAGUCCAUUCACUGAUGAGGCAACACGCAAAUUCUUUGAAAGUCAUAAAUUUUUUGGUCUUGAGGCUGAACAAGUAACCUUUUUCCAACAAGGUACAAUCCCUUGUGUUUCCAAGGAUGGCAGGUUUAUUAUGGAGACUCCAUACAGGGUAGCAAAGGCUCCUGACGGAAAUGGUGGAGUGUAUUCAGCUCUUAAAUCUACGAAAUUAUUGGAGGACAUGGCUUCAAAAGGAAUUAAGUAUAUUGAUUGCUAUGGAGUUGAUAAUGCACUGGUUCGAGUUGCUGAUCCAACUUUUUUGGGUUACUUCAUUGAUAAAGGUGUUGCUGCUGCUGCAAAAGUUGUCCGUAAGGCAUAUCCACAAGAAAAGGUUGGUGUGUUUGUACGACGAGGUAAAGGUGGUCCUCUUACCGUAGUUGAAUACAGUGAAUUGGACUCGUCACUAGCUUCUGCAGUCAAUCAAGCAACUGGUCGUCUUCGUUUUUGUUGGAGUAAUGUCUGCUUACACAUGUUCACUCUGGAUUUUCUGAACCAAGUAGCAAAUGGCCUUGAAAAAGAUAGCAUUUAUCAUCUUGCAGAGAAGAAAAUACCUUCCAUACAUGGAUAUACAAUGGGAUUAAAACUUGAACAGUUUAUAUUUGAUGCGUUUCCAUAUGCUCCUACGACUGCACUUUUUGAGGUAUUACGGGACGAAGAAUUUGCACCGGUGAAAAAUGCAAAUGGAUCCAAUGUUGACACUCCAGACAGUGCAAAACUGCUUGUUCUUCGACUCCAUACUCGAUGGGUAGUUGCUGCAGGUGGCUUCUUAACGCAUUCAGUGCCCUUAUAUGCAACAGGUGUCGAAGUGUCACCACUGUGUUCGUACGCUGGUGAAAACCUAGAACCUAUAUGUCGAGGAAGAACAUUUCAUGCACCUUGUGAGAUCACAUUCUAG